AUGGAAAUAAUGCUCAGACGUCUAAAAACAGAGGCAGACAAAGUAGGAUUAUGCAUAAACAUUGACAAAACAAAGUCAAUGCGCAUUAACACACACAAUAACACUCCAUUCAAUGUAGGAAUCAAACAUGUCGAGAAUGUAACAGAGUUUACUUACCUGGGAAGUAUUGUAACAGCAAAUGGUGGCGCAGGCGCGGAUAUUGUCAUCAGGAAGGCGCAGCGAGCCUUUGGCCAACUAAAAUCAGUUUGGACCUCCCGUCAACUCUCCAUACAAACAAAAUUAAGAAUAUUCAGUUCCAAUGUCAUACCAGUUUUAUUAUAUGGCUGCGAGACAUGGAGAGUGACAAAAAUAUCCAUCAACCGUCCACAGACUCCUCUCUACAUCAUAAGCAGCAGUAGUGAAUCUGAGCAGGAGCCAGAAACAAGACAGGCUGUAAGAAAGAGAGAUACAACAAACAAAGGGGAGUCUUCCCAACUGGGAAGAGCAAUGCAGAGAGUAUUCGAAGGGAGCAGAGCUUCGGGAAUUGGAGCGGUAUCAGAGACCAGGUCAACCAAUCGUCCCUUCACAUUCUCGCACCUGAAAAAGCGAAAAUCCGACAACGCCGCAGCACCGCAUAGUAUGGCAACAGUGGCCAACAAGACCUUCACCAAGUUAGAAUCCCUCGAAGACAAACGCCGCAGAAAAUCCACUGAGGACACCCCCAAACCCUUAGUCCUACCCCAGAAGAAACGCGUCCUACCCCCAAGCACCACCAACAGUCCAAUCAAGAAGAACCAAAAACUUUCAUCGAGUUCCAGCGGUAGUGAGGAGAAUGGCGCUGAUGAAACCUUGAUCAGAGAAACAGAGGCGGCAUUGAAGAACCUUGGAAGCUGGGCAGGACCACGAGGUCACACCUCGUACUCCAACCAAAAUGAGGAAUCGCCAGCUUUCGAGAACUUGUUCGACGAAAAAAAGGCUAACGUCAAAAUGUCACCUUCCAGCGCUUCAAACUCCAGCACUGACAAUCCAUGUUCACUCAAAGACGUUAUAACAUUGAGGGAAGACGAGAAAUCGGACAAUUUCAAAACAAAAGUCGUCAGGAUCAAGCAGGAAGUAUGCGAGGAAAAGCAUAAAAGCGACUACAGGCCUCCGGACUUCAAUGAGCUUGUCGACGAUUCUUCUAAUGAGCUUGAGAUUGAUAUGUCCGAGGCGGCUUCGGAAAAAAACGAAUCUAGUGACAGGUCGAAUGUGUCGGAGGGUGGUAGAGAUAAGAGAAAAGAGGAGGGGAGGUUCGGGGAGAGUCAGGGGUUUUCUGCUUUUACCAGGCACUCCUCUGGAAGUUCUUUAUCGUCUCCGUUUUCGAGUAACAGUGCGUUCAGGCCACCGCAACCGAGUAAUAAGGCUUUGACGAAUUUAGGUCCCUACCCAGCCGAGGCAACUUUCGUCGGUUAUCCGGGCAUGGACCAAUCCCCAGCGCCGGAAGACAAGCCGAAAAACAUCCUGAAACCCAUAGAGGGCGCCGCUGACACAGUGCCCGUCAAAUCCCCGGAAGCUUCCAACAAACAGUAUACGAUCCUGCAGCCGGCCUCCAUAAGGUCACGCGCCGUCAACGCGUUUCAGGAAGUGUCGCGAGAUGGCGUGCCGCCCGGCGUGGCAGCUGUCAACAGUGGCAGCGCUGACGUGGCCAAAGUGACGGUUACGACGGUGAGCGGGGGCAGUCUGUCACCGAACAGUAUAGGCAGGGAAGGAAGUAAAUGUCCGACACCAGGCUGCACGGGUCAAGGUCACGUCACAGGGUUAUAUUCUCACCACAGAAGUCUGUCUGGAUGUCCAAGAAAGGAUAAAGUCACACCAGAAAGUAACAUUCAGAGCGAUUUUGCAUCAUCAAAUUCCUCAUACGAAACCGGUAAAAAGACUCCAACACUAGCCGAAGACGUCAAACCAAACUACCUAGCUUCUCCUUACUCUACCACACCUCUACCGGCAUCUUCCAGUUCAGAAGACAAAAACGGCGGGUCUUACGAGCAGUACUAUGGUGCUAAAACGAACCCUAUCAAGCCGGAUCCCAUGAAGAUUCCUAAGAACGAAGUGCCGACAACUACAAGCUGUAAUAUAUCAGGAUCGACCCAGAACGAACUUCUUGUACCAAAAACGGAAAUAACUACUCCAGCUUCUUGUCGUUCACCGCCGGCGAAUUUGAGGUCGGCCUACGAACCUUACAUGAACCAAGACUCUAAUUCUUCCUCCAUAUCCAGCAUGGAAACCAUGAACUCCAGGGGACCUCACCAGAUCCACCAUUUGAGUCCUCAUCCUAAUUCUCAUCCUGGAUACAAUAUGGACCAUCAAAUUCCUCACAGAUCUCCCUAUCACCAUUCUCCAAUGUCCGAAGAGAUGUACCACAGAGAACGGUCGUACCAGGACAUGACAGAACCGGUGACAACCAUUGCCAGACCCGUAGUGACGUACUCGAAUGACCUGGUCAACAGAUCCUACGAUUCUUCAUUGGUUAAUUCUGCCAGUCACAGACCGUACGACCCUGGUACUAAUGGCUUUGAAAGGUAUGAUUCGAGUCAAUGUGUUUCUCUUCAGCAAUCUUUGGGCCCACCAAGGGUACCGCCACAGGGUAUAUAUGGGUACAUGGAUGACACACAAGAACACAGGUAUCAACAAGAAGCAAGUGCUGCCCAACAACAUCAAAUAGCAGUAGCAACCAGCCAAAGCAUGUUGAAACAGGAAGAUCAAGAACAACCCAGUGGACCUUUAUACCCAAGACCGAUGUACCAAUAUGAUGCGGCCAGUGGGGCUCCUCUCCCCGUAGGCUUCUCGGCUAUCAACCUGUCGGUGAAGUGCGUCACGACGGCCCAGGCCGUCCAAAUGAAGGCCUCUGGGCCCCACACGUCCCCCGGGGGCACCGUUAUCGAUCUGAGCACGUCCAGCGUCACCACCACCAGCCCCCAGGUAGCUUAUAGUUCUCCACAUUACGGAGGACAGAGAGUUGGGGGAAGUCCCCAGGCUGCGGCUAGUCCGCAUCUUUCAGCAAGUCCACAAGUACCCAGUCCCCAAGGCCAAACAUUGGAUCUCAGUGUCAGCAGACUAUCCCACAGUGGAGUUCGACCUUUUGGAGCCAGUGGAGCACCACCUGGGGUCCUUGCCCCUGGUCCAGGAUCUGGAUACAGUAGAGAAUCAACUCCUGACAGCGGAGGAUCCCACUACAUGGAUGCAUACAGCAGGGAUGCUGCAGCUUAUGGAUCUAUGAGUCCCCAUCCAGGCUACGGUAUGACAACUGUGGCAUCGGACUACGCUUCCAAUCCAUACUCAGCACCGUAUCCUACACCGGCUGGAUACCCUUGCGGUCCUGGGGGAUACCCCGGAGCUGUUACAACGGGAGGAUACCCGGUACCACCCGGAGGUUACUCACCUGGUGCUUGUUACUCGAUGCCACCUCCACAGCACUCUUUGCCGCAGCAUGACAAGUCUCCAAAUAAAGACGGCUUGCCUGGCUGUCCAAGAAGUGACAGGAGCCAAAUCCAAGCCCACUCUCAAGAACUGAAGUGUCCGACACCAGGGUGCGACGGUUCGGGACAUGUUACAGGAAACUACUCGUCCCACAGGAGCCUAUCCGGGUGUCCGAGGGCGAACAAACCAAAGAGCAAGCCUAGGGAUGGACAGGAUUCAGAACCUUUACGAUGCCCUAUUCCAGGGUGCGACGGAUCAGGACACGCAACUGGGAAAUUUUUAUCCCACAGAAGUGCUUCUGGUUGUCCGAUAGCCAACAGGAACAAGAUGAGAGUGCUGGAGAGUGGCGGUAGCGUGGAACAACACAAAGCGGCCGUCGCGGCAGCCACGGCCAUGAAGUUCGACGGGGUGAACUGUCCCACCCCGGGGUGCGACGGCACGGGCCACAUCAACGGCUCUUUUUUAACGCACCGUUCCCUUAGCGGCUGUCCUGUGGCGGGACAGACUGUGAAGAAGAGCAAGUACCCGGAAGAUAUGCCGUUCUAUGCUAAGGGAUACACAGGUAUGGAGCCAACCAAUCCGAACGGCGGAGGGGAGGACCUCAUGACUCUCGAGGCGGAAAUAUCCGAACUGCAGCGCGAAAACGCCCGAGUCGAGUCGCAAAUGCUCAAACUGAAGUCUGACAUCAAUGCGAUGGAGAGCCAUCUCACCCAAGGCGAAAAAGAAACGCAGGCGCUGACGCAGCGCAGCUCCAACCUCAACGAGUACUACGAGAGUCUGCGCAACAACGUCAUCACUCUCCUGGAGCACGUGCGCCUGCCCGGGGGAGGCGUGGCAACCCAGCAGGAGAAAAUCGGCCAGGAGAACUUCGAUUCCUACCUGAGCAAGCUGCAGACCCUGUGCACGCCCGAGGGGUACUGCACUGAUGAGAACCGGCCCCUGUACGAGACUGUCAAGUGCGCGUUGCAGGACUUCACGGUACUGCCUACUCCGAUUUAAACGAUUUUAACGUAGGAUAAGGUGAAAUAACGUACACAGUUAUUAUUCGACUUGGUAUAUUGAUGUGAAGACGCCUUUAGUUCGAAGAGUCUCGCUCUAAUGUCUGAUAACGAUGAGGGUUUGUUUGUUUAUAGGCAACUAGUUAAAUAUCAGAGUAUUAUUAUCAACAUCAUGGAAUGAUGUUGAUAUGUUGGCAACUAGUUAAACGAGAGUGUAUUGUUAGUUGCGUAAAUUUUCUAUGCUCAAAUACAAGUUUUACAGUUGAUUUUAUUUAUUAAUAAAUGGUUGAUUUUAGACUUUUAUUGUUCUUAUUUAAAAGUGUGGUAUAACAAUAAAUUUUCUUGGCUGUUUACUAUUCUUUAAAUAAAUUAAAAAUAACCGAGUUGUUCAGCUUUAAAAUUUUUAAAAAGUAAUGCUUACAUUUUGAGAAGUGCCUGUAUAAACCACAAAUCCAAUGACUAAAGAAUACAAGGACAAAUAACUUGUUCCUUUAAUUUCAAUAAA